GUCACUCAGCUCCACCACACCACACAUCGCGCGAUUAAUGAACAAAAGGACCAACACGAAGAUGGUUGUGUGCCUCCACUCCCUCCAUAUUGCCAAUCUCAGGGGCCAGGGGAUCGACUGCCCAUUAACAACUCAGCCGUCUCCCUGGACCAGAGCUACACCAACAUACUUGGGUAAACCGGCACAAACAAGCCCUAUGUAGAGAUAUCCAAGAUUAUUUUGCCGAGGUUAC